CUUCAGCCCUAUCCGAAAGUUUCUUGACCUAGGUCCUAGAUGCAGAAAAAUUUUCCCUUUGUGUCCUAGGUCUUUCGUUUCAUCUACAUCGAUUGAGAACAGCCUAUCCUUCAUCCCGAUCGAAUUCUCAUGCACGAGUGAACACUACAAGAUGGUUGCCGAACAUCUCACCAUCCGCAACGUCACAUCAACACCAAUCCGGCUCAAGCGCAUCGAGCGGUUCCGCGCGCCGGAGCGGUCGUUCGAAGGGGUGCAAACCUUCGCUAGGAACUUCACCCGCGUGCUCACCAACGUGACUCGCGCCACCACACCCGUCGCCGCCAUCCACGACGACACCACGCCAUUCACCCACAAUGAAGCCGACUUCGAGAUCGCGCCCUUCCAGACCGUUCACACCGAGAUCCGCGCGUUCCUGGACUCGAAGAAGGAACGCCUGCGCUGGAUCUUCGAGGUUGAGGGCGAGGAGCACCAGCUCCAGACCCCGGUGCCGACCACCGAGUCCGCCACCAUGAAGGCGAUGAGCGACGACCCCAAGUUCCGGCUCACGGGCGUCUUCAUAACCCCGGAGUCGCACCUGACCAUCUUCUCGUCCGCCCACCUCGAAGCCUGGAUGCGGGAGCUCGACGGCGACGUGCUGCUCUCCUCGCUCUCCAUCCCGGGCACGCACAACUCGCCGACCUGCCAUGUCGCGGCGCCCUCGGUGCGCUGCCAAGCGGUCAGUCCGCGCGAGCAGCUGCGCAACGGGGUGCGGUUCUUCGACAUCCGCGUCCAACCGCAGUACCCGGACGAUGCGGACCGCGACGAGCUGACCCUCGUGCACAGCGUGUUCCCCAUUUCCCUUACUGGUAGCAAGUACUUCCGGGACCUGAUGCGCGAGGUCGAGGAGUUCCUGUCGGAAAACCCGUCGGAGGCGGUGAUUAUCUCGCUGAAGCGCGAGGGACCGGGCACCCACACCGACGAACAGCUCAGCCGCAUCCUCAAGGACCACUACACCUCCGCAGAAGGCAGCCGGUGGUACACGGAGCCCAAGAUCCCGACUCUGGGCGAGGUCCGCGGCAAGGUUGUGCUGCUGCGCCGCUUCAACAUUCAGGACAGCCUCAAGGAGCUCCACGACGGCCACGGUUGGGGCAUCGACGCCAGCGGCUGGGCCGACAACUGCGCCGACGCCACCUGCCCCAGCGGCCAGCUGUGCAUCCAGGACUUCUACGAGGUCCUCCUCACCCAGAACAUCGACCAGAAGAUCCAGUACGUCCGCGACCAGUGCCAGCGCGCCGGCGGUACGGUGUAUCCGUUCGGCGUGCUGCCGGAUUCGUCCGCCACCCGCGACCAUCCCUUCUAUAUCAAUUUCCUCAGCGCCAGUAAUUUCUGGAAGGUCGGCACGUGGCCGGAGAAGAUUGCGGCCAAGGUGAAUCCGGCUACGGUCGAUUAUCUGUGCAGACGGCAUGGCAGCGGGGAGGAUGGGGAUUGGUCCACGGGCAUCCUGGUCACUGACUGGGUGGGCUUGGAUGGGGAUUGGGAUCUGGUGCGGUGUAUUGUAGGGAUGAAUGCCCGGGUGAGGGAGAGGCGGCUGGCGCAGGUGGACGAUUGGUAGGAUGGGCGGGGACCUCCCUGAAGUAGCAUGAUUAUGACACCCAUCUGAUAGUGGACGUUUACAUAGAUACCAUUUACUCCUAUUCCGAAAGC